AUGAUUAUAUCACAUUUUCCAAAAUGUGUGGCAGUUUUUGCCCUCCUUGCCCUGAGUGUUGGUGCACUGGACACUUUUAUUGCUGCAGUAUAUGAGCAUGCGGUGAUACUACCAAACAGAACAGAAACACCUGUUUCAAAAGAAGAAGCUUUGUUCCUGAUGAACAAGAACAUAGAUGUUUUGGAGAAAGCAGUUAAGCUGGCAGCGAAGCAGGGUGCACAUAUCAUUGUGACCCCAGAAGAUGGAAUCUAUGGUUGGGUCUUCACCAGGGAGAGCAUUUACCCCUAUCUAGAGGAUAUACCAGACCCUGGAGUGAACUGGAUUCCAUGUAGAGACCCCUGGAGAUUCGGCAACACACCAGUGCAACAAAGACUCAGCUGCCUGGCCAAGGACAACUCUAUCUAUGUCGUGGCUAAUAUUGGGGACAAGACUCUCAGUGUCAGUGACUCUCAGUGUCCCCCUGAUGGUCGUUACCAAUACAACACUGAUGUGGUGUUUGAUUCUCAGGGAAAACUGGUGGCACGCUACCAUAAGUACAAUCUUUUUGCACCUGAAAUUCAGUUUGAUUUCCCCAAGGAUUCAGAACUUGUGACUUUUGACACUCCCUUUGGGAAGUUUGGCAUUUUUACUUGCUUUGACAUUUUUUCUCAUGACCCAGCUGUGGUGGUGGUGGAUGAGUUUCAAGUUGACAGCAUUCUCUACCCCACAGCAUGGUACAACACGCUGCCCCUCCUCUCGGCUGUUCCCUUCCAUUCAGCAUGGGCCAAGGCCAUGGGAGUCAAUCUACUUGCUGCAAAUACCCACAACACCGGCAUGCACGUGACAGGGAGUGGAAUCUACGCCCCAGACGCAGUCAAGGUGUAUCACUAUGACAUGGAAACAGAGAGUGGUCAGCUGUUGCUAUCAGAACUGAAGUCUCGGCCCCGCCGUGAGCCCACCUACCCUGCAGCUGUUGACUGGCAUGCGUAUGCCAGCAGUGUCAAGCCGUUUUCCUCUGAACAGUCAGAUUUUCCGGGGAUGAUUUAUUUUGAUGAGUUUACCUUCACUGAGCUUGAGAGAAAUACAGGAAAUUACACAGUUUGCCAGAAAGAUCUGUGUUGUCAUUUAACUUACAAGAUGUCUGAGAAGCGAACAGAUGAGGUCUAUGCCCUAGGUGCUUUUGAUGGACUGCACACAGUGGAAGGCCAAUAUUACUUACAGAUAUGCACAUUACUGAAGUGCCAAACCACUGACCUGGAAACAUGUGGAGAACCUGUGGGGUCAGCUUUUACCAAGUUUGAAGACUUCUCCCUCAGUGGCACAUUCGGAACACGUUAUGUUUUCCCACAGAUCAUUCUAAGUGGGAGUCAGCUUGCUCCUGAAAGACAUUAUGAGAUUUCAAGAGAUGGAUGCUUGAGGAGCCGAAGUGGAGCCCCUUUGCCUGUCUUAGUUAUGGCCCUGUAUGGAAGAGUGUUUGAGAAGGACCCUCCACGCUUAGGGCAGCGAUCUGGGAAAUUCCAGUGAUCUCCUUUAGCAGGGUCCUUUUAGGAUUAGCCUGGCUAAGAGAGGAAGAAAAAAAAGAGAUCCGUUAGUGUCUGUUUAGAAGAGAUGUCAUAAACUUACGGAAACAAAUACAAUAAACUUAAGCAGAUUUGAAAAGCAA